AUGGAAAACUGUUGCAAUAGAUUCGCGGAUUUGGCUCUGGAUUACAAUACACCUAAAAUUAUUCAUAUUAAAAGCAAAGUUGUUGGAUUUAUAAACAGAUUCAUUCAACUUGCUAUUGUUGGUUAUAUCAUCGGAUAUGUUCUAGUUUAUAAGAAAGGUUAUCAAGAAUUUGAUACUGCUCAAAAUUCUGUAACAUCUAAAGUUAAAGGUGUAGCUUUUGUAAACUAUACUAAAGAUCCCAACAUUGGAACAAGGGUAUGGGAUCCAGCCGACUAUAUAAUUCCUCCUGAGGAAAAUGGGGCCUUUUUCGUCAUGACCAACAUGAUUAUUACUAAGAAUCAAACAAAUACAGUAUGUCCCGAGGAUAUGUCCAUUCGCGGAGCAAACUGUACUGAUUCUACUGACUGCAUACCUGGUAAACAUUUAUACCUAGGACAUGGCGUUAACACAGGGGAGUGUGUACCUGUGUCACCGGAUUCAGACGAAAUGACUUGUGAAAUUUAUUCUUGGUGUCCGCUCGAAUAUGAUCAUCUUCGGACCAAUUACCCCUUCCUGGGAGAAGCGGUAAAUUUUACAGUAUUAAUCAAGAAUAGUAUUGCCUUUCCAAAAUUUAACGUUCGAAGGAGUAACAUAGAUGCCGUUAAAAAUAGCGAAGACUUGAAGCAUUGCAUGUACGAUCCCGUCCACGAUGCUCUAUGUCCAAUUCUUAAACUUGGAACUAUAGUUAAUAGCGCGGAGCAGGAUUUUAAUAAAAUUGCCUAUAAGGUCAAUAACAAGUUACAUCGGGAUCUUAUUAAGGCUUAUGGAAUUAGAUUUGUUUUUAUAAUUGUUGGUCGGGCCGGGAGAUUCUCUGUUGUUCCACUGCUUCUGAAUAUUGGUUCCGGGCUUGCCUUGUUGGCCAUUGCAUCUGUAAUAUCGGAUGUUGUGAUCCUAUAUGUAUUGAAAAGACGACAAUAUUAUAGAUCUAAAAAAUAUCAAACGGUGUCUCCAUUUGAUGAUGACAGUCCGUUAUUACAAGAGGACGUGGAAUAA